CAAAAAGUAGGUACACGAGCACGAUGGGUGACACUGCCGCUGAAGAAAUUCAGAAUCUCAAUAUUAAUGAAAAGGCAGGAUUUUAAACAAUUUAUUAAUUAAAAAUAAAUUUCUGUGUAUAUUUACGUGAUGUUAAAGUUAUUUGGCCUUCGCGGGCGCUGUGUUGUCCGCCUGAAGGAGACCUAUGCCACAUGGUCUAAAACCAAAGCGAUGAAGGAGAAAAAGAAGAAGUCUGAAGACACUGGAGCUGUCUCGGAGUUGAACCCGUGGCCCGAGUUCAUCCAGAAGAGGAUCAACCUCUGGGACAAGUACAAGGCUCAAUAUGUGGAGGAACUAGCGGCAAAGCCUGACGUGAGCAUCGUGGUCACCCUGCCCGAUGGGAAGACGGUGGAAGCCAAAGCUUGGAAGACAACUCCUUAUGAGGUGGCUAAAGGAAUUAGCCAGGGCCUAGCGGAUUCCACCAUCAUCGCACGAGUCAACAACGAGCUCUGGGACUUGGACCGGCCGCUGGAGGGAGACUGCAGGUUGGAGCUCCUGCGCUGGGACAACACGGACGCUCAGGCUGUCUUCUGGCAUUCCUCUGCGCAUAUGCUUGGAGAAGCUUUGGAAAGGGUGUACGGAGGCUGCCUUUGCUAUGGUCCACCAAUCGAAGAAGGGUUCUACUACGACAUGUUCUAUCCUGAUAAAGGGAUAUCCUCAACGGACUUCCACGUGCUGGAAGGGCUGAUAAAGAAGAUAGCAAAGGAGAAGCAGCCGUUUGAACGUCUGGAGUUGACCAAGGAACAACUGCUCGAGAUGUUUGACUACAAUCCCUUCAAGGUACGGAUUCUGAACGAGAAAGUGAACACUCCAACCACCACGGUGUAUAGAUGUGGACCACUCAUAGAUCUGUGUAGAGGCCCGCAUGUGAGGCACACCGGCAAAGUCAGGGCUGUUAAAGUCACUAAGAACUCGGCAACUUACUGGGAGGGUAAAGCGGAAGCGGAAAGUCUCCAGCGGGUGUACGGGGUGUCGUUCCCGGAGCCCAAGCAGUUGAAGGAGUGGGAGACGAUUCAGGAGGAGGCCGCUAAGCGGGACCACAGAAAGAUUGGCAGGGAACAAGAGCUGUAUUUCUUCCACGAGUUGUCCCCGGGCUCGUGUUUCUUCCAGCCGCGCGGCGCCCAUAUUUACAAUACUCUCGUCAACUUCAUCAGAGAACAAUACAGAAUCCGCGGCUUCCAAGAAGUGGUGUCCCCUAACAUGUAUAAUGCUAAGUUGUGGCAGACCUCGGGACACUGGGCGCAUUAUUCUGACAACAUGUUCUCGUUCGACGUCGAAAAGGAGACGUUUGCACUGAAACCCAUGAACUGCCCGGGACAUUGUUUAAUGUUUGACAAUCGGAUCCGUUCGUGGCGGGAAUUGCCUCUCCGUAUGGCCGACUUUGGUGUUUUACACCGCAAUGAAUUGAGCGGGGCUCUGACCGGUCUAACCCGAGUCCGGAGGUUCCAACAAGAUGACGCGCAUAUAUUCUGUACCCCGCAACAUAUUGAACAAGAAAUGAUCGGGUGCCUGGAGUUCCUGGAGCACGUGUACAGCACGUUCGGGUUCACGUUCCAGCUGAAGCUGUCCACUAGACCGGAGAAGUUCCUCGGGGACCUCGCCACCUGGGACCAGGCCGAGAAGGAUCUGAAAGAUUCCCUAAAUCGCUUCGGCAAGCCGUGGCAACUGAAUCCAGGCGAUGGAGCUUUCUACGGCCCCAAGAUCGACAUCACCAUACAAGACGCCUUGCGGAGAUCGCACCAGUGCGCCACCAUACAGCUGGACUUCCAGCUGCCUGAACGAUUCAACCUUAGUUAUGUUAGCGAAAGCGGUGAAAAGAAACGGCCAGUGAUAAUCCACCGCGCGGUUCUGGGCUCAGUGGAGCGCAUGAUCGCGAUUCUCAGUGAGUCGUACGCGGGCAAGUGGCCCUUCUGGCUCAGUCCGCGGCAGGUGUGCGUUGUACCCGUCGGGCCUAACUUCGAUGACUACGCUGUACAGGUGAACAAGCAGUUGUUCGAAGCAGGCUUCAUGUCUGAAGUGGACACGGACGCGGGCGACACACUCAACAAAAAAGUCAGGAAUGCUCAACUUGCGCAGUUCAACUAUAUUUUGGUGGUGGGCGAACGUGAAAAGCAAUCCGGUACAGUGAACGUCCGCACUCGAGACAACAAGGUCCACGGCGAGAUGUCCAUUCAGGGCCUCGUCGACCAUCUCAACCAACUUGUUAAGGACAAAACCCUAUCUGACGACUGUAGUCUAUUAAAAUAGGCUUAGUGUGACAUAAAAUUAAUUUUAUGUAGCGGAGAUGUGGCUUUAAGUGAUAUUUUUAUUACAAGACCCAGUCUAAAUUACAAUUUUAAGGUUUAAAUCCUAAUUUACAUUCUAUUGUUUAUUCGAUAUUAUUUUUUUAAAUUUAACCAGUGAUUUCAUUGGUCCUCCGGUAAAUAAAUUGAUUUAACGCUUUUUUUUGGGUAAGUUAUACUUAAAAAUACAGACCGUGUUACAGUGUGAAAAGUAUAAACUUUUUGUGAGUCGCUGCUUCUUUAUCAGGGUCAUAUUAUGUAUGUCUAUGCGUAGGUUAUAUUCAAAAUCUAUUUCUCCAUCUAUACCUUAAUUUGAGUAGUAAUUUAUUGAAGUAGCUUUUUAAAAUCUGUCAAGGUGUUUAAAAUAUCGUUAGCACAGUUUGUAUUAAUUUAAUUUGUAAGCAUUUAGGAUUAACGCACACCGCAUUUUACGCUUUUAUUGCGAAAAAAUACGACUCAAUGUUUCGAUGAAAAUAAUUACGCCUAGCGUGUACGAAAAAAUACAUGGCGUACCUACUACACACUCGGGGCAAAAAUUUUAUAUGAUAAAAAUGACAGGCGCGCCGCAAUUAACGUUUAAAAAAGUUGUGUGCGUUAUCCCUUAGAGACAAGCACUGAUCAAUCUGGCUUGAUCUGAUUUAAAAAGUAUAUUUUGAUCAGUUUUGGCCUCGUACUAUUCCGAUGGAUAUUCAUUUAAUUUUAUUUAUGCUUAGGUUUAACACGGUGGUCAAUAAAAUUAUUGAGUUCGAAAA